CACAAUGGAAUCCCUCAAAAUCAGUAAUACAAACCGUAACGGAUUGGAGAAUCCUUUCCAUAUUUUCAUCAAAUCUCUCUAUUAAACCAUUCAUCAUCAUUACCAUUCACACAGUGAAGGUGAAAUGUCACCCACAAGAACCACAAAUUCUUCAAUUUUCGAAGCGUUCUCGCUAACCCCACUUCCAUAUCCGGUUCUUUUGAUCUUGUCGCUCAUCUUCUUCUUUCUUGGAUUUCAAUGGUACUCUUCUUACGAAGAAGCCAUUGAAGCUACUGAAGAGAGCUUCAAUUGGGUUCUUUUAAUCACUCCAUUAAUUCUGCUUUUUGCUGUCAAAUGGUUGUCAAAUGUGGAGCACCCAGAAAAGUUUUUUGGGUUUGGGUUGUCACCGUGGGAGCGUCGCCGUUGGCUAGCGUACCAGUCGCCGGAGGAGGGAGGUUCGCCGUGGGGGGUGGCUGCUUUGAUAUUGUUGGUGCUUGUCUUGAUGCAGUUUCAUUCUACUGUUCUUGAAAGUUGGUUUUGAUUAAAACGAGUUGAAUUUUAAUGGGUUUUGGGGGUUAAUGUUAAUUAAAGUGAGGUUUGAUUUGUUUUUGUGUUUACUUAGAAUGAAUGUUUAAUAUGAGGUUUGAUUUGUUUGGUACUACUACUCAGUUUGUGCUAUGGUUAGUUGUACAUUGAGCUAUAUAGGUUGUAAUAUUGCUCUUAUAUUUGGUUUUUUGGCUUGUAUAAUAGUAUCUAAUUUAUGCUUGUAUUGCUAUUCAUGAAAUAGGAUUAUUCAUGGGUUUUUAGUA